AUGAUCACAUUUUCUGUAGCAAGGUCCAGCAUAUCUGGAUCAGGAGAAUGCAAGGAGAAGAAGGCAAGGAGAAGAAGGCAAGGAGAAGAAGGCAAGGAGAAGAAGGCAAGGAGAAGAAGACAAGGAGAAGAAGACAAGGAGAAGAAGACAAGGAGAAGAAGACAAGGAGAAGAAGACAAGGAGAAGAAGACAAGGAGAAGAAGACAAGGAGAAGAAGACAAGGAGAAGAAGACAAGGAGAAGAAGACAAGGCGAAGAAGACAAGGCGAAGAAGACAAGGCGAAGAAGACAAGGCGAAGAAGACAAGGCGAAGAAGACAAGGAGAAGAAGACAAGGAGAAGAAGACAAGGAGAAGAAGACAAGGAGAAGAAGACAAGGAGAAGAAGACAAGGAGAAGAAGACAAGGAGAAGAAGACAAGGAGAAGAAGACAAGGAGAAGAAGACAAGGAGAAGAAGACAAGGAGAAGAAGACAAGGAGAAGAAGACAAGGAGAAGAAGACAAGGAGAAGAAGACAAGGAGAAGAAGACAAGGAGAAGAAGACAAGGAGAAGACGACAAGGAGAAGACGACAAGGAGAAGACGACAAGGAGAAGACGACAAGGAGAAGACGACAAGGAGAAGACGACAAGGAGAAGACGACAAGGAGAAGACGACAAGGAGAAGAAGACAAGGAGAAGAAGACAAGGAGAAGAAGACAAGGAGAAGAAGACAAGGAGAAGAAGACAAGGAGAAGAAGACAAGGAGAAGAAGACAAGGAGAAGAAGACAAGGAGAAGAAGACAAGGAGAAGAAGACAAGGAGAAGAAGACAAGGAGAAGAAGACAAGGAGAAGAAGACAAGGAGAAGAAGACAAGGAGAAGAAGACAAGGAGAAGAAGACAAGGAGAAGAAGACAAGGAGAAGAAGACAAGGAGAAGAAGACAAGGAGAAGAAGACAAGGAGAAGAAGACAAGGAGAAGAAGACAAGGAGAAGAAGACAAGGAGAAGAAGGCAAUGAGAAGAAGGCAAUGA